UUUUCUCAGUACCAAACUUGGUUCUUGAACCGUCCACUUACCACAAAGAGAGUGAAAAAAAAACCUUUAGUGUGUGUGAGAGAAAUGGCAGAAAACAAAGAAGAAGAUGUUAAGCUUGGAGCUAACAAGUUUAGGGAAACUCAACCAUUGGGUACUGCUGCACAAACUGAUAAGGAUUACAAAGAGCCACCACCAGCUCCAUUGUUUGAACCAGGAGAGUUGUCAUCAUGGUCUUUUUACAGGGCUGGAAUUGCUGAGUUUAUGGCAACUUUCUUGUUUUUGUAUAUCACUAUCUUGACUGUUAUGGGUCUUAAGAGAUCUGAUAGUUUGUGUAGUUCAGUGGGUAUUCAAGGUGUUGCUUGGGCUUUUGGUGGUAUGAUCUUUGCUUUGGUCUACUGUACUGCUGGUAUCUCAGGAGGACACAUCAACCCAGCUGUGACCUUUGGACUGUUCUUGGCAAGGAAACUUUCCUUAACCAGGGCUAUUUUCUACAUAGUGAUGCAAUGCCUUGGUGCAAUCUGUGGUGCUGGUGUUGUGAAGGGCUUCAUGGUGGGACCAUACCAGAGACUUGGUGGUGGUGCUAAUGUAGUUAAUCCUGGUUACACCAAAGGUGAUGGCCUUGGUGCUGAAAUUAUUGGCACCUUUGUCCUUGUUUACACUGUUUUCUCUGCUACUGAUGCCAAGAGAAAUGCCAGAGACUCACAUGUUCCUAUUUUGGCACCACUUCCCAUUGGAUUCGCGGUGUUCUUGGUUCAUUUGGCCACCAUUCCCAUAACCGGAACUGGCAUCAACCCCGCCAGGAGUCUUGGAGCUGCUAUCAUCUACAACACCGAUGCAGCAUGGGAUGACCACUGGAUCUUCUGGGUUGGACCAUUCAUUGGAGCUGCUCUUGCUGCAGUCUACCACCAAAUGAUCAUCAGAGCCAUGCCAUUCCACAAGUCUUAAGUUUCUUCAUGAAACAUCUUUCUGGAUUCUCAUGAGUGUUACCUUUUUUGGUUAAAUUUUUAAUUCUCCUUGUAUUUGUAAUGUGAUUUUCUUCUGUUAAGACAUGUCUAUUAUGUGUGUAAAUUAUCAGGUUAUGUUGUACUUGUACCCUAUCAAUGAAGGUUCUUUAUUUUAUCCA